AUGGUGUUCUCCAACUUCAUCAAGUGCUCCAAGUGCUCGCCUCACGAUAGGUUGCAGUUCUUCCAGAGCUCUCAUCCAUACCUCAACAACAAUUCGUUGAUAAAUUACAGAUGGUUCCAGAACAAGAGAUGGACCAACCCAAACCCUUCCAGUGCCUCGCAAAACUACUUAACCAUUGAUAAUGGCCAUUAUGGGUUGUACUACACCGUGUACAACCAUGAUGCUGAGCGCAAGAAGUCUGGCCAGUCCGCACCAUUGGGUGAUACCCUUCUUUCAUUCAUUAUCACUCAUGAGGACCACUCGAGGUCUUGUUUUGACUAUGCCACCCAAUUUUUCAUCCUGAGAAUUAAUCAAGACAUCUACAACAACAUCACCCAAAUUAAGAACAUCUCCAAGAAAUUUUUGUCCGCCAUGUCUGUUAUUACCCCGAAAAUCAGGAGCUUCAAUCCAAAACAUGAUUGUCCACCAGUUGCUCAAUUAGAGUCAACCGAAUCAGAGACAUUUGAAUCUAACUUUUUUCAAACUCAAAUUUCCAGUAUCUUAGACAUUUACAAUAACUGCUCCAGCCCAGAGCAGUUGAAUAUGAUUUAUCCAUUAUAUCAGUCGCUAAAGAGAAACGAUAUCACACUUCCAACUAUUGAGCUCUAUAAUGUCAUUUUGCAUUCCAUUUCAAUGAGAUCCUUGGACUCAGAAUUAACCUCAGAGUCUAUCGAGUCAAAGUUAACUAACUUGUUGACAAUUUACCAAGACAUUUUGAAGAGCUCUUUGAAGCCUAAUGCAGAAACGUUUAACAUCAUUGUGACAAACUUGUUUGAUGGCAGCAUAAAUGUGUCAAAGUUAUCAUCCUCCUCCUCAAAUAUUUUCAUUCAUCGCAACUACUCUAACAAGGCCAAAGAAUUCGGACAAAUUGGUAUUGAAUUAUUUGAAUCUAUCCAAAAGAAGGAACAGUUAAACUUGAUAGGCAUAAUUCCAAAACUUUUGGAGGUUUUGCGUUCUUACCCAGAAUUAGUUGGUAAACCAAUUUCAGCUCAAAUAGUGCCAUUUGUCUAUUUGCCUGCCAGCGCAACUAAUCAAAGAUUUCUUGAAAAUUUGAUCGAGUUCACCAAGCAUUUUACCAGAAUUGGAAUGUUCGAAGGCAGUUCCGAGAAGACUUAUAAGUUCAUUGUUUCGGUUUAUGAACAAUACAAAGAGUCUGAACUUAAAAUUAAUGAUGAAUUUUCGAUGUAUGGAAAAUUGAUUGAAUCGUUAGUCUACAAUGACCAAUUCGUAUUGGCAUCAAAGUUUUUGGAUGAUAUCUUGAUGGACUACAAGCACUCGAUUGAGAACAACAUUAAACCAAAGAAAAAUCAAAUUUCGGCGGUAAUUUCCUCAUACAUCUCAGCAAUCAUUAAUAAGAACCAAGAGGACUUGGAUAAGGGCUAUGGUUUAUUAAGAAAAUUUAACGGAAUUGGCUAUCUUCCUGAAUUGUCAAACUCAUUGUACAAUGAUAUGAUUGUCAAGUACAUUGACAAGUACCAUGCGAACUUGAUGAAGAAGUCUAACAUGAACCAAAUGAUGCCUAAUUCAAUACUUGACGAAGAACAAAGAUUCAUUUAUGAGAACAUUUGGAGUCUUUACAACUACAUGGCGAUUAGAAGAGAUUAUCAAGAAACUUCCACCAUGAAUUUGAUUGAAGAAUCAGAAGUAUCUCAGCAUGCAAGAGAUUCUGUGCUAUCAUUAAGCAUUGAUGUCGGAGAUCAUGAAAGGAUAUUCCAAGUUAUCAAGGAAAUUCUUUUGAAAAAUCACUUGGUUUUUGAUAUUAUAGGUUUUAAAAAGCUUUUGAGUUACCUUUACAAUGGAGUUGUUUACAAUGCCAAUGAUCAACCUUUCAACCAAUACUAUUUUGGACUUAUUUGGAAUCUUUUCGAAUGCCAGUCUAGUUAUUACAACAGUUCCUCUAUUGAGAUAAAUGAAUUUUUAUCUGAAUCGGUAAACUUCUUGAUGGUCCCAAAUGUCAAUGAACACACCAACGAAUACAACAUUAAGUUAUUUUUGGAGUCCCCUAUUGUGCAACAUGCAGUAGGUAAAUUUGAUUUACAAAGUGAUAACAUUUUUGGUUUGAUUAUGAUUUCUAAAACCUUAAUGCAAUACAGAGGUAAUGACGCUAAAACUUAUAAUCAGAUUUUGGAAUUUCAAUCGAAGUUAAUCAACCAAUUUGAAGACAUUGAUAACCUUUAUAUUGAGUUUGCUGAGGAUAUGCUUCAGCACAAGGCUGAUUUAUUGCAGCAGUUUAAGCAUUUGAUGAGCUCCUUGGAAAGUGAAAAAAUUAAAUUGACAGAUAAUAUCAUAGAUGCAUGCAAAGCGUGUGAUGUCGAAGUGUUGAAUGAAAUAUCCGAAGAGAACUUGGAGCAUACAAUGAAAUAUGACUUAAAUUUGUCUUACCUACUUAACGUCAAUUACGAUGUUGGUAUAGACAAUUUCAUAAAGUCAUUCAGAAAGGGUUUGACAUUUAACUCAGGUACUUGGGAGAUUGUUCUCAAUUAUAAAUUUCUUUCAGAAUUGACUGCUUAUUCAUCACCCAUAAAGAUUUCCGAAUUGAUUGGUAGAAUUUGGGAGCUGAGAAUUGAUACUGAAUCAAAAGUUCAGCAUAUUAGCACAUUGAUUAAUUUCAAGGACGACAAGAUUAAUAUCAAGGUUACAGAAUCUUUGAUUAAGGAAGCAUCAUUGUUCAAAGAACUGGAUUCAAUGGAUUCAGUCUUGAGUUCAUUGAUUUCCGCCGUUUCUAGCUCCAAGAACGUUUAUUUGAAAAGCUUGUUCUCAAAGGUUGGUUUAUUCCAUCAUAUGUAUUCGGAGGGAGAAAAUGGACGCUGGGUUGCUGAAUACUUGAAGCUCUUGGUGAAACAAGGUGAGUUUGAUGAGUGCAUUCAGUUGAUCGAAACAUUCAAGCUUAUGGAAACCAGAAACACCCCUGAUGAUCAGGGCUUCCAAGUGACUGUUGCUGUAUUAGAGGCUUAUUUAAAUUCUGGUAACUUGCAAAAGUUCAUGUCCGUUUUCAAAAACAACUUCAUGGAUAUCAAUAUUCUAAGAAAAUCACCAGAGUUGGUGGGUUUGCUAAUCACCUACUACAUGAAAUUAGGAGGAAAAGAAAAUAUUGAGGUCGUUUUAUCGAAGUUUUCUGAACUCUCUAAUGCUAGUCAGCAAACAAAAGAACUUUUUUUAAAUGCAAAGUUAGUUAACUCAUUGCAGUCGGAAAAGGUUGAAAGCGUGGGAGAGGGUAUUGAAGCUGGUUCAAUCAAUGAACUUGCAAUGAAGUUGUUGAUAAGUGACGACAUCAAGAAUAUGGCUGAGGUGUUUAAGGCAAACGAUGGAUUGAUAGUCAAUAAAGUGACCAAAAAUCGUUUGGUUGACAGUAUAUUGGACAACCUACUUCAGGCUUCAGCUCAAGCUACAACCGACCAGAGAAUCUCUAACCAAACCUUCCAGAGAGCUUUAAGAUUUUUCAAGCUAAUUUCAUACCGUGCAUUAGAUGUUAAGCAACUUCUCAAGGUUAUUAGAAUUCUCACCAUAAACAAAUCUAGAGAAACAUUGAAUAUUUUAUUGUCAAAGCUUGUUCAUAAUUCAAGCUUUGCAAGUGUGUUAAAUUUUUACUUCAUGGAGAUCAGACUCGUAGCCGAGGAUGAUAGGAUUUUAUUGUUGGACUUAUUAAAGAAGAGUUUCACAUAUUUGCAGGAUCCUAUCAACUUACACACUAUUGAAAAAUAUUGUGAAAGUUCUGGUCUUGAUCUUCCUUGUUUUACUGAGGAAGAUUUUAUCAAAGAGUUACAUUAGCUCUUGUGGGUUAUUUAUAGGGUAGGCUAAUGAUUACAUGAUAU